AGUAGUAUUUUGAUCCUUUGUCAAAUUGUCAAUGUCACCGUAUCAAAAGCGAUUCUACUAUAUAAUAUUUAAUUCGUAAUGUUUUCUUGAUUAAAUAGCUACUAGCUAGUUUAAGUUCGCAUAAAGCAAUGGCAAUUUUGUUGGGAUCUUAAUAUUACCUGUUUUGAAAACAUAACCUUGAAAUAUGGCCUUCACGAGAAUAAUUGGUAAAACCUGUGGCUUUAUAGGAUAUGCUUUACAAACGGCCUGUAUUACACACUGCACUUUUGAGUACGUCGGAGACUUCGUUAUGUGCUCUGGUCCAUCAAUGGAACCCACUCUCCAAACAAACAACGUACUAUUCACUGAACACGUAUCUCCGCGGUUGCAACGACUGCGGCGCGGGGAUAUAGUAAUAUGUCGGAGCCCUUCUAACCCUAAACAGAAUAUUUGUAAAAGGAUAACUGGUCUUCCAGGUGACCGUGUUCGAGGUAACUUUCCCAGACGUAACCAAGUAGUUCCUAGAGGCCAUGUGUGGUUAGAAGGGGAUAAUUCCAGUAACUCCGCAGACUCUAGAACUUAUGGCCCUGUUCCCGAAGGCCUCAUUAGGAGUAGAGUUGUUUGUCGUGUUUGGCCACUAGAUAAAAUCUCGCUAAUGUCCCAAUAUUGAACACUUAAGUACUAGGAGACCAGUGAUAUUGAACCAGAGAUAAGGUUUUGAUGCUAAGCGCCCAAGUGAUGUAGUUAAAGCUUGUGUUUACAAAUGGUAAUGACAUUUUUUUUUCAUUUAAAUAUAGUGCACAGAGUGUAUUGAUUUUUAUUUUUGCCUAGUUAUUAGGUGAUGAAAUAAAACAAAAUUGUAAAUGUAAAUACUAUAUGUAUUUGUUACAAAAAUAAAUAAAUAAUUUUAUUUAGUCAA